AUGUCCUCACAUUCAGAUCAGAUCGACCCUCCAUCAUCGUCACAGUUCGUACCUCCAGAGUCCGCACAGCCUUACCGCUCAAUUUUCGGUGGCCCUAGCAGUGAUGCGGGUCCACCACUUUCAUCACCCCAGCCGGGACCAUCUCGAAGGUCAAUCUUCGGAGGUCCUAGAAGCAGCAGUCAUGUUACUUCACGGCUGGACCCCAUGAGCGAGGAACCAGAGGAUGAUGGAUUUGAAGCCCUUUUGCGAGACCGACCCCUUUUCGCUGAUUAUAACUCUGAGGGGGAGAGUUUUCAAGGAAGUUCUGAUGGCGAGGAUGGAGUAGGCCUCGAGUCUGAACCAGAUUUGCCACAAAAGAAGACACAGUCUCGCACAAAUUCCUAUUCACCCAGCAAGUCGGCGUCACUACCACCGCCGCCAACCACCUACAUUCUUGACCGCGGUCUGGACCUCCCGCCUGGUGUUCCACGUCCGAAUCGAUGGACUGGAGCUCCUAGGACGUACAGACAGCUCAUCUCAGAUGAGAAGGGUGCAUAUGAUGCCAUAUUAGCGAAUCGAUCUAUGGACCUUGCAGGUCACCUUUACGAUUCCUUCGUGCUUCGCAAUCAAAACCAAAAGGCCGGGGAGCCGUUAGGACCCGAAGACGAAAGCGAGGACCCGGCAGCGGUUAAAAAAGUCUGGGUUGGAUGGCCGAUGCUUGCGAGUAAUGUUCCUCGUUCUGACGAGUAUAUUCGGCGACAACUAGAUGACCCAGACACCUACCGAAUGGCGCCUGAUCCGCGUCCGAGCGCAGACCUCGAGGAAUCCAUCAUCGCGAGCAUGCUGAAAAACGCGAAGGAAAAAUUCAUGGCUAGUGAAUGGGAUGAGGAGGAAAUUAGAAACCAUCGCCCUCCUCGGCCGCAGGAAGAAGAAGAAGAAGAUUACAAAAUGGACACGGAAGACGAAAUGAAAAACUACGAGCCCGCGUACGGUAGUGACGUUGACCAAGAACCACUUCGCCCGGUAUUCCAAGCCGACGACGACAGAUCCAGACGGCAAUUACGACCGCUAUCUCGAAAUGUCAUUUCAAACCUCGAUCGAGUCUUGAUGGGUCUACAUCAUGCUAUGCAGGGCCGGACCCGGGAUCAGCAGCAGAAAGACGGCGAAAUCAGCUCGGACGACGAGGACGAAGCAUCACAAUCACACUCACACCACUGCGGCCGUCAAAAGGGCAAAAAUCCCAGCCACACUUCUUCAAGCGCCAAUAACAAACGCCGCCAGCGGAGCCAACAUUCAUCCGACGAGGACGAAACAUCAAGGCAAGGUCCUGAUAAGAAGCCAAAAUCCGGCCAUUACAUCUUCCAACGAGGUGAGCAGCGCGACUGGAGCGAAGUAAUGGGCAUCGCCGCCAUGUCCGGACUGCCCACCGACGCCGUAAUGCGCGCAUCAAAGCGAUGCGCCGAGCUAUUCGGGCAAGACAUGACCUUCCGACGAUUCCACGAGGGACGCAUGCAUAAGACCGAGGCCCUGGACCACGAACAGUCACGUACGGAGUACAUGGAAAGCGAGACGGAGGGUGAGAAUAUCCCCACGGUGCCUCAAAAGAGAACCUAUAGGAAGAAACGUAAGGCUCCGCUGGCGGCGCCUAAACCUAAGGGUAAGGGCGAUCAUCGGCGUGGGGAUAUUCUUUGUCCAAUUGCUACAUGUCCCCGGCAUACGGAUGGAUUUUCGCGGACUUGGAAUUUGACGCUGCAUCUACGGAAAACUCACGGGCUGGAGAGGGAGAAGACUGAUGGCUUGCAGCGGAAGGCAGCUAUUCAGAUUGAUUGA